GAUGAAAUUAAUAAAAAAGGAAGAACCUGAAGAUGAAGAUGAUGAUGAUUUCUUCUGUCAUCAUACUGAUGGAAUUUCAGGUGAAGCGUCUUUAAUCCCUGUGGAACUCGUCCUCUCUGAGGUGCACCCACAGCGUGGAGGUUUCCAGAUGAAGCCUGUGAAGAAGGAGGAAGAUGAACUCAAACUGAGCAUCGAUUCCUCGUGUCCACGUUCCUCUACAACCCAAAAUCACCUCCACAAUCACAGUGACGAAGAUGAUGCGCUGGUGAAAUCUGAGACUGAACAUGAGGAUCUGACGCCCACCAGAAGCUCCAGUAAUCAGCAAACGUCCUCUGGUACUGUCAGCAUUAACACCUCUCUCAGUCCCACACAGGAAGAAGGAAACGUCUGCUCACAGUGUGGGAAGAGCUUCAGUACCCGGAGUUAUCUCAAAAUACACCAGCGCGUUCACACAGGAGAAAAACCGUAUCAGUGCUCACAGUGUGGGAAGAGCUUCAGUUGUCUGCGAACUCUCAAAAUACACCAGCGCAUUCACACCGGAGAGAAACCGUAUCAGUGCUCACAGUGUACAAAGAGUUUCAAUCAGCAUAGUAGUCUUAGAAACCACCAGCGCAUUCACACUGGAGAGAAACCGUAUCAGUGCUCACAAUGUGGAAAGAGUUUUCAUCAACAGAGUAAUCUUAAAAUACACCAGCGCAUUCACACUGGAGUGAAACCGUAUCAGUGCUCACAGUGUGGAAAAAGUUUUAAUAAACUGAGUAGUCUUAGAAACCACCAGCGCAUUCACACUGAAGAAAAACCCUAUCAGUGCUCAGAGUGUGGAAAGAGUUUUAAUCAACACAUUGUUCUCAAAAUGCACCAGUGCAUUCACACUGGAGAGAAACCAUAUCAGUGCUCACAGUGUGAGAAAAAUUUUAAUGAUCAGAGUCAUCUCAAAAGACACCAGCACAUUCACACUGGAGAGAAACCGUAUCAGUGUUCACAGUGUGGAAAGAGUUUUAAUCAACAGAGUAAUCUCACAAAACACCAGCACAUUCACACUGGAGAGAAACCCUAUCAGUGCUCACAGUGUGGGAAGAGUUUUAAUCAACAGAGUAAUCUCACAAAACACCAGCACAUUCACACAGGAUUGAAACCAUAUCAGUGUUCACAGUGUGGGAAGAGUUUUAAUCAACCAAGUCAUCUCACAAAACACCAGCGCAUUCACACUGGAGAGAAACCGUAUUUGAAAAGAGAAAAUAGUUUUGAUGAAUAGAGUAUUUUUAAAGUACACUAGCGCAUUCACACAGGAGAGAAUGCGUAUCGGUGCUCACAGUGUGAGGAGAGUUGUAAUACACACAGUCGUCUAAAAUGAACGAGUGGCAGCUCAGCAGUUAUGAGGAAAAUGGGCUGGAAAUCUAAAGGCUCAAGCUGGUUCAAACCUCAGCAAUGCCACAUUGGCACUGUGGGGCCCCUGAUCAAGGCCCUUUAUCCUAUAUAUCAAUGUAAAUGAUAAUAUUUUGCUGUAUUCUGCUGCUUAGCAACAUGGUUACCAAGGGUAACCAGAGGAUUUAAUUUUACAUCCUGUUAGAUUAGAGUUAGAAAUGUUACUCCAGAACUUCUUAUUGGUGCAGUUGAUGUUUGUUUGAUGCCGGUUGUUGAUCCAGGACGUUUUGGACCCUGCCGAAGCCCCUGCUGUUAUUAAAACGAGGCGUGGCUGGACAUGAUCGGGUCUGUGUGUGUGAAGCCUCCUCUGAUUGGAAGCUCAGCUCAGCGUCUGUAUUAUUAAGUCGGUGUUUUUGUGGAAGAACUUUGUAAGAAUGUUGUUAGAAGAUCAUUUUAGAGCAAAAUAAAUACAAAACGACCCCAAGCAGAGAGCGUCUUCAUUUCUUUCAUGAUCUGUGUAACUUGUGCUGGAACAUGAUAGAACCCUGAGCCACCAUCAGGACAGACUGGUGAACAUGAUCCGUCUCUCUGCCAGUGCACAUCUGUUCAUAUUUACAUCUGAGAUCACUCUCAUCAUAGUUUAUUAUAUCACAUCUACACUCGAUUAUACAUCUUUAUUCAUUUAGCUACAUCGUCUUGUACUGUAAUAUUUAUUUUCUUUAAUACUUUUUUACUUUAAUUUACUGUAAUGAACCUCGAGCUGCUGUAAUAUCUGACUUUGUCUCUUUGGGAUGAAUAAAGUGAUCUGUCUGUCUCUUU